CUUGAAAUGACUGAGAAUACUACGGCAACAAAUGUUAACUGGGCAGAAAUCUCAGAUGAUGAAGAUUAAGUUUAACCUGUUGUUGAGAAGACUCCAGAUUAAGAAACUUAGCCAACUGCUCAACAAUCCGAAUAAAAUAAGGAGUUAAAGAAAUAAGCAAAAAAGCCUUAUCAUAAUAAAAAUAAACCAGAAUGGGUCAGAUUGAAAGAGUUAUAGAAGAAAUAAGCAGAGUAAAUAUAAAAAGAGCAAUAAGCAGCAUUGGAGGCAAGAAGAAUUAAACCUAGUGUAAUGAUGCAAUGUUAUUUUUAGAAAAACAAUUUUCAAGGUCUAAUGUACAAUAGUGACGAUGAAAAUGAAUAAUAAGAAUAAUAGGAGUAGAAAACUUAAGAGGAUUCUACCACAUAAUAAGUACAAGAAUAACAAGUAGAGGAAAAGCAAGAAUAAGUAGACUAAUAUCAAAGUAAUGUAUUGUUGAUAAUGCGAAGUAUUGAAAUAAAAGCAGUUGUAGGAAGAAGAUAAAUAGUAAUAGUCAAAAAAAAAGGAAUAAAAAAAGAAAGAGACAGAAGAUCUAGAUGCAAUAUUAAAUGAAUUAGGUUUUACGUAAAAAGGGGAUUCUAAGGAAGAAGCAGUUCAAGAAAAAAAGAAGAAAAAGAAAAAUAAAAAUAAAGAAUCAGUACCUACAGAAAAAUAACCAGAACUGCCUUAGUAGUAACAAUAAUAUUACUAAUAAUAAACUGAAUAAACAAAUAACAACGAGAAGGCUGACAUAAAAAAGGUUUUAGCAGAAAAAGCAAAAAAGCAUUAAACAGGCACACAUUAAGUGGAUAAAGUAUAAUCAAAAAUAUAGUAUAGGACUUAGAGAGAGUGAAACAAGAAAUUGAAAAGAGAAACUAGAAAUCGAAAAAGAACAAGAAAUAAGAUUUAGAUCUUUGA